GCAGAAGAAGAGAGGAGAGAGAAAGCUAGAGAAGAAGAGAGGAGAGAGGAGAGAGGAGAAAGAAGAAGAAGAGGGGCUGGGAAAUGAAAGGUCCGUGUAUUUAGAUUUAGGUUUUGUUUUGUUUCUUUUUCUUUUUUUAUUUAAUUAUAAAUCCAUGUUUUUUUUUAAUUUAAAUUCGGUAAAUCUUCCGACGGAAAUUAUUCUCUCGGAAUUUAAAUGUUCCGACGGAAUAUUCCGUUGGAACCGAUUUUCUGACGCAAUAUUCCCUCGGAACUUUUAUAUUACGAGGGAAAUAAAAUCCUCGGUAUAAUUCCUACGGAUUUUUCCGUCGGAAGGUCCAUUUUCCGAGGGAUAUUUCCAACAACACAAAUUUCCGUCGGAGAUAGUCCCUCGGAAAAUAGCCUAUUUCUAGUAGUGGUGGUAGCUGGUGGUGUGGGGAGGCGUGGGUGGGUCUGGGUUAGGAGGAUCUGGGCUAAGUGUAGGGAGGAUCUGGGUUUGGGUUCAGUGGUGGUAGGUGAAUCUGGGUUAGGCUUCAGUGGUGUGGGUGGUGGGUAAGGGUUAAGGAGGAGGGUUAGGGUUCGGUGGUGGUGGCUAAGGGUAGUGGUGGGCGAGUAAGGGUAAGGGGUAGGUGUGGCAGUGGGUGGAUGAGUAAGGGGUAGGUGUGGCGGUGGGUGGAUGAGGGUGGUUGGGGCUGGUAGGGGUGGUGUGUGGUUUUUUUUUUAUUUUUUUUUUGGAGUUUCCGAUGGAAUUUCCGUCGGAUUUGAAAUCCGACGGACUUUCCGGUACCGGAUAACAUCUUCCGGCGAAUUAUUUCCGUCGGAAACUCCGACGGAAAAAACUGUUCCGACGGAAAUUCCGACGGAAUAGGCCGUUUUACCUACAAAGGGUGUUUCGACAACCCAUUCCGACUGAAAUUCCGUCGGAACAAGGUUUUGCGACGGAAUUUCGGGUGUUUCCGACGGAAUUUUGCCGUCGAAAAUGGCCUCUUUUCUAGUAGUGACAGAACUUGAUCUCUCAUUCAAUCGCUUGUCCAUUGGUACAAACGAUUCCGGGGAAAACUCCACUUUUCCCCAGCUACAAAUCCUAUUUUUGGCUUCUUGCAACUUGCGUACCAUCCCUAAAUUUUUAAAUAACCAAACAUCUUUACAAAAUCUUGACCUUUCAAUGAACCAAAUCACAGGCACAAUACCCGAGUGGAUGUGGAAAAUUACUAGGUUCAACCUUUCUUUCAAUCACUUAGUAGAACUAGAACCACCUUUGACAUUCUCAAAUAAUUUAGGUAUUAUAGACCUCUCUUCCAAUAAUCUUCAGGGAAAAUUCCCAUUUGUCAAAUCCAGUUAUUACUAUUUGGAUUGUUCCAACAAUAAUUUCACUUCCUUCAAUCCAAACAUAGGAAACUAUCUAUCAGAUGCUAGCUACAUGUCAUUUUCAAGAAAUAACUUACACGGGAUCAUCCCUGCGUCACUAUGCAGUGCCAAAAAUCUGGAGCUUCUUAAUCUAGAACAUAAUCAUUUGGGUGGCACAAUUCCCGAAUGUUUUACUACCUAUGAGUUGCAAUACAUCCUAACAAUCUUCACUAGCAUUGAUUUCUCCAACAAUGCUUUUCAUGGUGAGCUACCGGAAGAGUUGGGAAAUUUGAAUGCUCUUGUAGUUCUCAACCUCGCUUACAACUCCUCGGGCCAUAUUCCAUCAUCAUUUGGGAAUUUGAGCCAGAUUGAGUCAUUGGAUCUCUCUUGUAAUAACUUGAGUGGGAAGAUACCUGCACAACUUGCAAACUUGAAUUUCCUCGGCUACUUGAACCUUUCCUUCAACAAGUUGUUAGGAAAGAUCCCAACAGGCACUCAACUUCAAUCAUUCAACGCAUCUUCAUAUGAAGGCAACCAAGGACUCUACGGUCCACCAUUGACAACAAGAGAUCCAACAAUGACUACACCUACUUUAAAGGGAUCAAAUUGGAGUUCAAAGAGCGAACAAGAGUGGAUGUUAAUGGGUGUUGAAGUUGGGUGUUCGGUUGGGAUCACUGUCUUUGUAGGGCCUAUCUUUUACAUCAAAAGGUAUAGGGAAUGGUACUGCAAGCAUCUUCAUAGAUUGGUCAUGAAAAUCCUACGAAGGGAAGAUAAUAGUACAAGGUCAAGGAGAAGGUAAUCCGUAUUUUAAUGCAAAUGAAAUGAUUAUUUUCGGUCUAUGUUUUGGUCAAAUGGGUCAAAGGUUAAGGGAUAGUCAAACAGAAGGAGUAUAUUUCUAUUAACAAGGCAUGCAAAUAUUUAUUGGACGAAGGGAGUAUUCAGGUUAGAGGGAUAGACAAUUUGGGGUGCAGAUUCCCUUACCCCUCCACUCUCAAAGGGCCUAUUCCUCUAACCCGAAAUAGAUUGACUUGUGAAAGGUUCCGGCUUGAUAAGACCCUCUUCUCCUUAGUCCUUACCUUUAUCAAAAAUGAAUUGGAGUUGAGUAGAGAUAACGUUUUCUCUUAAGUUUGAAGACGUGAUGAGAAUUGAGAAAAUGACUAUUUACCUAAUGUGGUUGGAUGGAUAAAGAAGAUAAAGAUUGAAAGAUGAUUUAAAUAGAUGGAGUAGUUAAAUACUUCUUUGUCCCCCUGAAUUGUCUCAAUCGAUCAUAUUUUGUGAGAGCUUUUUGAAUCAUACUAAUACAAAGUAAAGUUAUGAGUGAUAAGUGAACAAAACUUGAAAGGAUAAGGGUAAAUCCAUGUUUCUCAUAGUGAGAAACAUAACAAGUAUCUCAUAGGGGUAUUUGUGUCAUUUUGAGUUUGUAAGUGGGGUUAAUAUUGUAAUUGAACUGAUUCUGGGCUUCUCCUCCUCCAUCCCGUUCUUCUUCUUCCUCCAUCCUCUCACCUCCAUAAAUGGCAAUCAGAAACCUUCGAGGAAGGUAAACCUUGCCCUUAAGGGUUAACCAUGUCCAAAUUUCUCCAUUUUUGUUAGGGUUUUUCGUUUGAUUAGGCGGCGAAGCCGCCGGAAAGGUGAAAGGGGAUGAAGAAGAUAGGGGACGAAUGGUGGUGGUUUACAGGCGAAAGGAUGACGAAGAAGCCACUGGAAAGGUGAAGGAGGGUGAAGAAGCCGCCGGACGAUGAUGAUGGUGGUGGUUUUAUUGAAAAGUCAGAAAGUACAAAAAAAUGAUAAAAUAUUAAAAAAGUUGAUUUUAUUUACCAAUUUGCCAUUAUGAGAUACAAUUAUGUAUCUCACUAUGAGGAAUGGGGGCCUCCUCAUAUUAUAUAUUGUUGUAAAAAAAAAAAAAGGAUUUUUUAUUAAGAAAGAAAUGAAGGUUUUGUAAACAGGAAAUUGGAACAUACCCAAUUAUAUAUUAGUACGUAUUAAUACAAAAUUUAAUAAAGCUUUAGAUCUCUUGUAUGAAGAACUUUAAGAAGAAUAAAAAAAAUUACUAGUAGCUAACUCUCAUCAUGCAAGUUAUAUCUCAGAAUAUCAUGACAUCAAUUCAUGUAUUGCAGACUACCCAAAUACUCAUGCAUUUUACUGAAGCUAAGACAUAAUACCAUCCGUUUAGGCGUUUAACUAUGCCAAAAGCAGAAAAGCCUAAUACGUAACAUUGUGAGAGCAAAAAAUAGAUCAUUAUCAAUGAAGGAAUUAAACACUUCCCUUAUUUUAAUUUAUGAUUAAUAAAUUCAAAAUCAUUUCUGCUGUGAAGCCUUCAUGCUUGUUGCAUAGCUUAGUCUUAAAGUGUCGAAGAUUCAGUCAUUACUC